AUGAUGCGGCAUCCUCUCCCUAUCUCUUUCUUGCUCCUCCUACUGCCAUUCAAUGCGGCUGCGGAGACUACUGUCAUUACAGGAACUGAUGUGAAAUGUUCAUGGAGUCAUAAUGUUGUACAAAACCCGUCUUUCGAACUCGGAUCCCUGUCUCCCUGGGCUGUCUACAAUAAUUACGGCACUGUCAGCAUCGCGGCUGACAGUUCUGACGCCGGCCAAUAUGUUGCGUGA